GUGGCCCGGGCGGGGCCGUGGCCGGUAACGGCGCCCGGCCCCCGGGUUUCGGCAGGCAGCGGAGCCGCCUUCGCCGUGCAGAAGCUAGUGAACAAGAAGCUGCCGUAUAGCCUGCAGUGGAGCCUGCUGCUGGCCGGGGCUGCAGGGUCCCUCACCAGCUACGUGGUAACCCGAGCCGAGACGCGGAAAUGCGCCGACUUCUGGAUUUACCUGGAGACAGGCAAGUCCCCACAGGAGCUUGCCGUGGCUGGUAGGGUGUCUCAGCCUGCAGGUAUGUUCACAUCUCUCCCUGCUGCUUUCCCUGGGCUUGUCAUGCCUGUUUCUUCCCUGCUGCGACAAUUUGCUGCUCCUGACUCAUAAUUAAGGUGGUGACUGUUUGUGUCAUUGCCAAAAUCCUCAUAGAAGUCCUACAGUGGCACCCCGCAGCCGAGGGAUAGGAGCAGGCACCUGGGGUGGCAGCAGUGCUAGGGUGGCUGGAGCACCCUGCCUGGUCUCAUGGCUCCCAUGUCCCUCGUGCCCCAGCCCCAUCACCUGCACUGCAGGUACCUGAGCAGGGCUGGCAGUGUGGGGUGGGAGCACUUGCUUCUGCCUGCUGCCCUGCCUGCUUUUGUGGAUUCACAAGAGCCUGCGUGAAGGGCUUGCUUGCUGGAAGAAGAAGAAGAGGGUAGGGGAUGGAGGGAGGCAGUAAACCACUCCACACCCCAGUUGCUCCAUGCAGUGGGCAGAGCUGGAGUGGACGAUUCCCGCAGCUGCUAGCUGCUUUCUCCCACUGGUACACUGAGCUCCCAAAGCUGGGACUAGCUGAAGGGGGUUUAAACGCUUCACCAGGGCUCUGUGGUUCUCUGCCUGCCCCUGGCAAACACUCAGGGAUAGUCAGGGAUCCAGGGAGCUUGUUCUUUCUGUUGCAGAAAAUCUGCCCAGUCCAGAGGACAGAGAGAGCAUGGCACCACUGGUGAGAAGGAACAAGUACGGGGACGUUGUGGAGUAGCUAGGAGAGCACAGCACGCCAUGCACGUGUGCUGCUUCACCCCUUCCUGCCUGCCAAGCCUGCCUGCACCUGUGCUGCCUGAGAGACUGGUGGGCUCUGUGGCACUGCCCAGGAAUUCAGAUGAGUCGAUCCAGUGAGAGUGUGGUGCAGGCACCAUAGGGAUUGCUGCCUCCCAGGUGACCUCUGAACAUCGCACAUGGGGGUACAAUAAAAGUCAAGAGCUUAAAGUGCA